AUGACUGAAGAAGAACACGAAUGGAUGUCUCUCUAGACUACUUGCUAAUGUUGUUGUCCAGUUACAAGUACUAACUAAGUCAUACAGUUAGCUUACAGUUAGUGUUUACUAGCCAGCUUGAUUUUUUGCUUACUUCCUGAAUAAAUACACCGAGGACAUACUUCUCCUCUGCUACAGCAUCGAUGGUGUAGACUGGAAAGUGGGCUAAAGGAAUCAUUUCAACAUGAAGACUUGCGACCGACGAAGCGCAGAACUCACUAGCACUGGAAUCGGCCACAAAUUUGUUCACCCUCCACCCUUCCAUACAAAUAGCAGCAGAUUGAAGGAGGGCCCGGCGCCUCUCUCACUUGACUACAGGCCUCGCAUCCCUGCAGCCUCCAUCUUCGCACCCACCUCACAUAUUGAGCACUGCAGGAAGCCACUGACUGGACCACUGGCUGACGUUAAGUACCCCUUGGCUCCACCACACUGGAAGACCCACACAAUGGCUGAUUUAAACCGCAGGAUUAAGAAUUGCUGGGCCUUACGGGUGCUUCCCAGCCCAACCAGUGAAGCACGUGGCAACUACAGGGGUCAGCCAGCAUGCAUCAGCCCCUCUACUGCACCCGGCAAUGAGUUACUGGCCUUGUAUGGAAAGAUGGCUGCAGAUCAGACCAUUCCCCCUCCAGGUCCAGCACUCAGCACCGCUCACAGAGAUUACAGGCACUUUAACAGCUCUGAGCUGAACUUAUCGCACUCUGGCCCGGCUAAACCACUCCCCGAAGGACUGACAAAGAGCUCUGCCUACAGCCACAUGCCCGGCCACAAAGCCCCGUCCGCCGCCUCGUGUUGCCCUCGGCUGGCGCGCCGCUCUGUGCCCGUGCCGCACGGGGCCUACACCUCUCUGUACAGGGACAGUUUCACAACUCCUGCCCUGCCUCGCACCCUGUCACACCAAGGCCAGCCCCAGCGCCUCAGCACCUAGCACACCUCAAAUGUACAGGGUGUGGAAACCACCAUGUGCACAGGACUUUUUUUUUGGUUUUGUUUUUGUCUCUCAGUAGCUGUUUCGGAAAAUAUAUUGAUAUACAGUAUGAAG